AUGGUUUCCAUUCAUUACUUCACUGGAAUCUACACUAUCUCGGCUCUUGUUGUUGUGAGCAGUCUGAUAUGUUCCACUUUUAUUCUCGCUGAAAUCAAUGAAAUUUCCGAAGAAGUCUCCCAUGGGAUGAGAGCAUUCAAUCAUUACUCUUCGGAUGCAUGGACUCUGAUGGCAUCGGAAAUCGGACAGUCUUCGAUUUUCAACCUCAAUUCCAAAUCUCGCUCUCCUCGUUCAACGGAGAAGAAGUGCAAUUGUAACCAGCCAAGCAAUUUUCCAGCAGGACCACCCGGACCCCCAGGAGCUGCUGGAAUUGACGGAGAAGAUGGAACGCCUGGUUUGGAAGGAAAGAAUGGAAAUCAAGGGAUGUCAAUCACCGCACCAAAAGAUCCUUAUGAUACUCCCUCGUGCACGGUGUGCCCACAAGGACCACCAGGACCACCAGGGCCUGAUGGAGCUCCUGGACCAGUUGGAUCGGACGGAAGCCCAGGAGAGAACGGAGCCGAUGGUCAACCUGGAGCUUCAGGAGAAGAUGGGGCACAAGGAGGUCAAGGAGCAGCAGGAGAACCAGGAACCGAUGGUGAAGUAGGAGCAUCUGGAAAGAAUGGACAAUGA